AUGAACUCCAACACCAACAAUGCCUCCAACCAAAACGAAGACUACCUCGACAAGGGUCUCGACUCCGCCGAGAAGAAGUUCGGAGGCUCAAUGGGUCAAGACACGCAGAAGAACCGCGGUAUUAACGAGAAAAUCACCGAUGGAGCUCGCGGCAUGCUUGAAAAAGUGACGGGCAAGAAGGCCCCGGAGAAGUUCUCCAACUAA